UUUGAACCUAGUGUAUAAAUUGAAGCUGUCGUGCCACCAGACGCACAUUUCUUGAGUAACUCAGCGCAAACACAGAUUGCUUGGUGACAGUUAAUCAGUGCAGUGGACUUUUGUGUGGACUGUGCCCGAGAAAACUUUCAUAAUGAAGAUUUUGAUGAGAGCAGACACACAUUACAGCAUAGGCGUCAGAAGCAGCGAAUAUGAAAAACCUACAUAUACGUUUUCACAGGUACUGGCAGCCGUUGCAGUUUCGAUGGGGUCCAUGAUAAUCGGAUUUUCAUCAGGAUAUACUUCAACAGCUAUAGUCAGCAUGAAAAACAGCACCGUAUUCAGUAUAACAGAGGAACAGGCAAGCUGGGUGGGUAGUUUGAUGCCACUCGCGGCACUCGCGGGUGGCGUUAUUGGCGGACCUCUAGUCGACUACAUUGGAAGAAGAAGAACCAUUUUAUUUACAGCGCCACCCUUUUUCCUUGGCUGGAUACUUAUAGGUGUCGCGACAAACGUUCAUAUGAUCCUAGCUGGCCGUAUAGUAUGUGGUUUAUGUGUGGGUGUAGGAUCACUUGCAUUCCCUGUGUAUCUAGGUGAAACCAUUCAACCCGAAGUGAGAGGUACGCUCGGAUUAUUCCCCACAGCCAUCGGUAACGUGGGAAUUCUAAUAAGUUACCUUGCCGGCAAAUACCUUGAUUGGUCCCAACUUGCGUAUUUUGGUUCAGCAUUAUCAAUUCCCUUUUUCCUUUUGAUGAUUAUGAUACCCGAAACUCCGCAAUGGUACAUAUCACGAGAACGUCCAGAAGAGGCACGUAAAGCACUCAGAUGGCUUCGCGGGAAAAAGGCGAAAAUAGAUGAUGAAAUGCGUGACAUUGUUAUGAUUAAUGCCGAAAAUGAAGAAAGCGAGUCGAGUAUCAAAGACCUAUUCAACAUCAAGUACUUAAAGUCAAUAUUGAUUUCUCUUGGUCUAAUGACGUUCCAGCAAUUAUCAGGCAUAAACGCUGUCAUAUUUUACACCGUAACUAUAUUUCAAAUGUCCGGUAGCGCAUUAGAUGAAAAUUUAUCAACAAUCAUAGUGGGAGUCGUGAAUUUUCUAUCUACGUUUGUUGCUACGGCUCUUAUCGAUAGAACAGGCAGAAAAAUUUUAUUGUACAUUUCAUCAGUAACUAUUACAAUAACGUUGAUAAUACUUGGUACAUUUUUUUAUGUUCAACAUGAGUUAAAAUUAGAUGUAACGUCUCUAGGAUGGUUGCCUUUGACUUGCCUCAUGAUUUACUUGGUAGGAUUUUCUCUAGCGUUUGGGCCAAUACCUUGGCUUAUGAUGGGCGAAAUUUUGCCAGCAAAAAUAAGAGGGGCAGCAGCAUCAAUCUGUACAGCAUUUAACUGGCUAUGUACAUUCACCGUCACAAAGACAUUCCUAAAUAUCAUUAACGGAAUCGGCCCUGCCGGAACAUUUUGGUUGUUUGGUUGCAUUUGUUUUGUAAGUUUAUUUUUUGUUGUAGUAUGCGUACCAGAGACUCGAGGUAAGAGCCUUGAGCAAAUCGAAAAUAAAAUGAUGGGUAGAGAAAGCACUAGAACGCGCAGAAUGAGUUCGAUAGCGAAUAUUAAACCAUUACCCAGUGGCUGUUGAUAGGCAUUAACUUAAAACACUCGACAAGCAUGAUAACCUAUAAACCAAUGAAUAUUUAGUUCUGUGAUUGAAUGUGUUGUGGUAGUAUUUUUUAGCAUUGUUCAAUUUAAAAAAACAUUCUUUUUUUUACUCUCAUUGUCCAAAUAAUUUAUGUAUUGAUCUGCUUCUUUUGAAUCUAAUAUGCAAAUUAAGUUUAGAAAUGAGAGAAAUGCAGUAGUAAAUGUGUUUUUGAAUAGUGUAGUUGUGUUUGUAAUAGUGGAGUCUUGUCAUUAGUUUAGAUUUAGUAUCAUAUGUUUACUGAUAAUGUAUUGCUGUAGACACCCAAAACAAAAAAAAAUACAACCAAUAGAAGCAAAUGUAAAGGCUAAAAGUUAUGGAUGAGUGGUAAAAUUGGCAGUGGGUAUUGCAUUAAUAUAAUUUUGUAAAGUAAGCAAGUUAUGUAUACUUAAAUAAAAUACUUUAUCUAUUUUAAA